GGGAGGGGAGGCGGCUUUGCCCGCUGGGCGCCAUGGCCGAGCAGGCGGCGGACGGGGUCCCGGGCGAGCCCCCCUCCGCGGCGGCGGCGACCCCCGCGGGCUCUCCCUUGAGUGCCUGCCGCCGCCUGCGCGCCGUGGAGCCGGUGCUGCUGCUGGCCACGCUGGCGCUGGCGCUGCAAGCCCCGCUCGCCACGCAGCUGCUCUGGGACCGGCUGGGCGCCCGCAACGGCUCCGACUCCGGCCCGGCAGGGGAGCCCCGCGGCGGCUGCCCCAACCACACCGGCUCCAGCCAGCAGGAGCUGGAGACGUUGGUGGCCCACUGGAACCUCUACCUCAACCUGGCCGGCUUCUUUGUGGGGCUCUUCUCGGUGACCCUCUUCGGCCCCUGGAGCGACAGCGUGGGACGUCGGCCGGUGCUGAUCCUGCCCGCGCUGGGCAUGGCCCUGCAAGCCGCCGUCUACCUGGUGGUCAUGUACGCCGAGCUGCCCGUGGGAUACCUGGUGGUGGGCCGCGUGCUGAGCGGCCUCUCGGGAGACUACAACCUGAUCCUCGCCGGCUGCUUCGCCUAUGUGGCUGAUGUCAGCGACCGGACGGCCCGCACGUUCCGGGUGGCCGUCCUGGAGGCCUGCCUGGGCCUGGCGGGCAUGGUGGCCAGCGUGCUGGGUGGGCAGUGGCGCAAGGCGCAGGGCUAUGUGGCGCCCUUCUGGCUGGUCUUCGCCGCCAGCCUGGCUGCCGCCCUCUACGCGGCCUUUGUCCUACAGGAAUCGGUGCUGCAGAGGCAGCCACGGCGCCUCCUCACGCUGCGCCAUUACGCGACAGUGUAUCGGCUGUACACCAGCCCUGCCUGUGGCCGGGCCUGGCACCGGCUGCUCCUCUACUCACUGGCCUUCUUCGUGGUGGUGACAGUGCACUUUGGAGCCCGGGAGAUCCUGGUGCUGUACGAGCUCGGCCCUCCGCUCUGCUGGUCCCCAGAGCUGAUUGGCUACGGCUCAGCUGCCCAGUACCUGACCUACCUGAGCAGCCUGGGGGGGCUGUGGUUGCUGCAGAGGUGCCUGCCAGACGCCUGGGUAGCCCAGCUGGGCCUGCUCUCCAAUGCGCUGGGGCUGGUGACUGUGGCCCUGGCCGGGACGACGGCCCUGAUGUUCACAGGGUACGGGCUCCUGUUCCUCUCCAUGAUGGUCACUCCCGUGAUCCGCUCCAAGCUCUCCAAAUCGGUUGGCGAGAAUGAGCAAGGGGCCCUCUUUGCCGCCGUGGCCUGUGUGGAGGGGCUGUGCUCCCUAGUGGCCACGGGGGUCUUCAGCUCCCUCUUCCCGGCCUGCCUGUCCUUCAUGAAGGGCUUCCCCUUCCUCUUCGGAGCCAUCCUCCUCCUCGUUCCGGCUGCCAUCAUCGGGGGCAUAGAAGUCCAGGACGGCACGGCCAGAUACCGGCGUUUUGGUGAGGCUCCCAGCUCGCGACAGGAGGCUGAGCCAUCGCCCCAAGACGAGUGAAGCCAUCGGCCCUCCUGGGCACAGAGGACCUGCAUCACGAUCGUCUGGAUCCCCGAUGGAUCAGGGUUUAGGACUUGUUGCUGUGUGAAUGCAGAGAUGUCAUCUUGGGUCUAAACCAAGGGUCUUCAAACUUGGCCCUUUGAUGACUUGUGGACUUCAACUCAGCCUGGCUCAGGAAUUCUGGGAGUUGAAGUCCACAAGUCAUCAAAGGGCCGAGUUGGAAGACGCCUGCCUUAAAGCCUCCCGGCUGAGGAAUUCUGGGAAUUGAAGUCCACAAGUCAUAAAAGGGCCAAGUUGGAAGACCCUUGGUCUAAACCAAGGGUCUCCAGACAUGGCCACUUUAAGACUUGGGGGCUUCAAAUGCCAUAAUUCUGGGAGCUGACGUCCCCAAGUCUUAAACUGGCCAGGUCUAAACUGACGAGACCAGGCAGCCCAGUGAGGGGGGUGCCCGCUGUUCUUCCAGCUGGGACUUGGCAGAGGGACCCCCAAUGCCUCCAGACAAGGUCCUGUGGGUGUGGCACAGUGGGAGGAGCCCGAGGAUGCUGUGGGGUCUUCAGACCCUGCCCUGCCAAGACUCUUCCUGAUGUGAGGCUGCCAGGACCGAAGCAGGGGCUGAGAAGGGGGGAAAUGACCGCUGGGCACCAGUCCUCACCCUGCCAGCCCACUCCCAGCUCUCCUGUGGAGCUGAGGAACAAUAAAAAGGAAACUGAAGCGA